GGGAGGGGCCCGCGGCGGCGCGGGGGCAGGGUUUUGCGGACGCACGCACGUCGAGGCGCUGCGGCCCCGAGCUGCCGAGACUGUGGGCUCGGUCUGCGGCGGUUGCUUUGGCGGCGGCCAGACCUACUGCUGGAGGUUGGAAAGAAAUCCAGGUACUCCGUUGACUGGGACCUUCUGCCACCAUGGGGGAGCUUUUCCGGAGCGAAGAGAUGACGCUGGCGCAGCUUUUUCUGCAGUCAGAAGCUGCUUACUGCUGCGUCAGUGAAUUAGGAGAACUCGGAAAGGUUCAGUUUCGUGAUUUAAAUCCAGAUGUGAAUGUUUUCCAGAGGAAAUUUGUGAAUGAAGUUAGAAGAUGUGAAGAAAUGGAUCGAAAGCUUCGGUUUGUUGAGAAAGAGAUAAGAAAAGCUAAUAUCCCAAUUAUGGACACUGGUGAAAACCCAGAGGUUCCCUUCCCCCGGGACAUGAUUGACCUAGAGGCCAAUUUUGAGAAGAUUGAAAAUGAGCUGAAGGAAAUCAACACCAACCAGGAAGCUCUGAAGAGAAAUUUCCUGGAACUGACUGAAUUAAAAUUUAUACUUCGCAAAACCCAGCAGUUUUUUGAUGAGAUGGCGGAUCCAGACCUGUUGGAAGAGUCCUCGUCCCUCUUGGAGCCAAGUGAGAUGGGAAGAGGCACACCUUUAAGACUUGGCUUCGUGGCUGGUGUGAUUAACCGGGAGCGCAUCCCUACUUUUGAGCGCAUGCUUUGGCGGGUGUGCCGUGGGAAUGUGUUCCUGCGGCAGGCUGAAAUCGAGAACCCGCUGGAGGAUCCUGUGACUGGUGACUACGUACACAAGUCUGUGUUCAUCAUUUUCUUCCAAGGCGAUCAGCUGAAAAACAGAGUCAAGAAAAUCUGUGAAGGGUUCCGGGCCUCACUUUAUCCUUGUCCUGAAACCCCACAGGAGAGGAAGGAAAUGGCUUCUGGAGUUAAUACCAGGAUUGAUGAUCUCCAAAUGGUCCUGAAUCAAACAGAGGAUCACCGCCAGAGGGUUCUGCAGGCAGCUGCUAAGAACAUCCGUGUCUGGUUCAUCAAGGUGCGGAAGAUGAAGGCCAUCUACCACACACUGAACCUUUGCAACAUAGAUGUGACCCAGAAGUGCCUGAUUGCCGAGGUCUGGUGCCCUGUCACCGACCUGGACUCCAUCCAGUUUGCACUCCGAAGGGGCACGGAACACAGUGGUUCCACGGUGCCCUCCAUUCUGAACAGGAUGCAGACAAACCAGACUCCCCCAACUUACAACAAAACUAACAAGUUCACAUAUGGCUUUCAGAACAUAGUAGAUGCUUAUGGAAUUGGAACUUAUCGUGAGAUAAAUCCAGCUCCAUAUACUAUCAUCACGUUCCCUUUCCUGUUUGCUGUGAUGUUUGGGGACUUUGGCCAUGGCAUUUUGAUGACCCUUUUUGCUGUUUGGAUGGUGUUAAGGGAGAGCCGGAUCCUUUCCCAGAAGAAUGAGAACGAGAUGUUCAGUACUGUGUUCAGUGGCAGGUACAUCAUUCUGUUGAUGGGUGUGUUCUCUAUCUACACUGGCCUCAUCUACAAUGAUUGCUUUUCCAAGUCUCUCAAUAUCUUCGGGUCAUCCUGGAGUGUACGGCCGAUGUUUACUAUAUUUAAUUGGACGGAGGAGACGCUUCGGGGGAACCCUGUUCUCCAGCUGAACCCAGCUGUCCCUGGAGUUUUUGGUGGACCAUAUCCUUUUGGCAUCGAUCCAAUUUGGAACAUAGCUUCCAAUAAGCUGACCUUUCUCAACUCCUUUAAGAUGAAGACCUCUGUUAUCCUUGGUGUCAUUCACAUGAUGUUUGGAGUCAGCCUGAGCCUUUUCAACCACACCUAUUUCAAGAAGCCCCUGAAUAUCUACUGUGGAUUUAUUCCUGAAAUAAUCUUCAUUACCUCUUUGUUUGGCUACUUGGUUAUCCUUAUUUUUUACAAGUGGACAGCCUAUGAUGCAAAGACAUCUGAGAAAGCGCCAAGCCUUCUGAUCCAUUUCAUAAACAUGUUCCUCUUUUCCUAUGCAGACUCUGGUAACUCGAUGCUGUAUUCUGGACAGAAAGGAAUUCAGUGUUUCCUGGUGGUGGUUGCACUGCUGUGUGUACCUUGGAUGCUACUAUUUAAACCACUGGUCCUUCGCCACCAAUAUUUGAGGAGGAAACAUUUGGAAGGGCAACCUGUGGAGGCCCCAGUCAGCCCAACCCCGAGCCAGCAGGGACUAGAGGCAGCAGCGGCUGCAACAGGAACUCUCAACUUUGGUGGGAUCAGGGUGGGCAACGGACCGACAGAGGAGGAUGCUGAGAUUAUUCAGCAUGACCAGCUCUCCACCCAUUCAGAGGAUGCAGAAGAGCCUACCGAGGACGAAGUGUUUGAUUUUGGGGACACCAUGGUCCACCAGGCCAUCCACACCAUCGAGUACUGCCUGGGCUGCAUCUCCAACACUGCCUCCUACCUGCGGCUCUGGGCCCUCAGUCUUGCUCAUGCACAGCUGUCUGAGGUGCUUUGGACCAUGGUGAUCCACAUCGGCCUAAGGGUGAAGAGCUUGGCAGGAGGUCUGGUGCUGUUCUUCAUCUUCGCCGCCUUUGCCACCCUGACCGUGGCCAUCCUCCUGAUCAUGGAGGGCCUCUCAGCCUUUCUCCAUGCGCUGCGGUUACACUGGGUCGAGUUCCAGAAUAAAUUCUACAGCGGGAACGGUUUCAAGUUCCUACCCUUCUCCUUCGAGCACAUUCGGGAAGGGAAGUUUGACGAGUGAGCCCCUCGCGGGACUGUGUGCCCAGCUGCCCUUCCCACUCCCUCCACAGUGGUGAGCUGUGUCCCUCUUGCCUGUUGGUUGUGCUCCCUGGAUGUGGGGCAUAGGGGUCAUCCCCAUCACCUCUCCCCCAGCUGCCUGCCCAUUUAGAUGUGACAUUUAGAUAGACCCAGCCCUCCCUGGGUCCCCGUCACCUCCAGUUUUGUGUGUAGUGUAGUGAUUUUCUAGACAGCCUCUGGCUGUCACUCAUACCCACUGGGCACCAGCAUUGCCCUCACCACCUCAGUCCAGCCAAGAGAGCCCCUUCUCCGUCCGUCCCCAGGUGGUGAACCAGUUUGUGCAUUUACACAUAGCCCUCCGCCCGUGGAGGCGGCUGAGCCCCAGCUCCUGCCACUCCAGUUGCUGGUUGAGGGUGGGAGCACUCUUGGGUUAGCAGGGAUGGAGCCAGGAAGAUGGGGUUUCUGCCCACCUCCCCUUUGGUCUUCAGAGCACAUGUUAAUCAGGGAUUCAGCUGGACCCAACUGUGCCAGGGUGCAUGGCUUCUCCCUGUCACCCCCAAGGGUCCCAGGGCACCUAGCACCACCUUCCUAACCCCGCCCUCUCCUCCUCCCUCCCAAAUCCCUCUCCUUCCUCCACCACCUGCCUCACAUGCACCCAGCAUAACACAGUGUGGCUGGGAGUGACCCAAAACAGGUGCCGGCUGGCUCCUUUGAUUGGCUGCUGCUCAGGCCAUGCGGGCCCUGCCACAAGCACGCCCUCUGGGCAGAGGGUUGAAAUGCCUGCCCCUGGGACAGAUCCUGAGACCUUUCCCCACCCCCAGUCAUGAGUAGUGAGUGCGGGUCUUCCAGUCAUCAAGGGAGGGCCAGCCCUGCUGUGCUCUCCAGUGCCCCUAGGCACUUCCGCACGGACCCCAAGUCGAGGGAGUGGGGUCCUGGGCAGGAAGGUCCAGGUCAUAGUUUGCUUAUUAGAGGCAACUGUCAGUCACAUGUGACUGUGACAGCAGCAUGACCCUGCCCUGUGGUAUGUGAGCACCCCUGAGGACCCCCUCCCCUGUCACCCCACACCAGGCUAUGUGAAUCUUAGGGCCUUUUAAUGAUAUGUUGGUGCCGCAGCCCUGACUGCUUCAGCUAAAUUGAGCCCCACCAUCUUCAGCAGUCGAGAUAAUGUCCUGAAUUGCUAGGCCCUUGCCCUCCCCUGACCCUGGCUUUUCCGACUGAGUUACUUAGAGUUGCUCACUGGACUUGCUCCCAGGCUGGGCUGGCCCCAGGCGCGGGCCACCUGCCCCAGUUUCCCUGUGUACUGGCCAGUGUGACCUAACCUAGAGCUGUGCAGAGCCCCCUCCCCGCUGUUCCCCAUGGUUUACAUGAUGAACUUUGCUCCAUUUACAGUGGGACUUGAAGCAGAGUUCUUUGUCAGGAACCCUGCCAAGGCCCUGCUGUUCAGACAUUCCUGUGCUGAAUAAAGUGUGUUUGACUCUA